UUUGUUGGCAUUGAAAUUACUGAUUAACUUUUUUCGGUUUUAAAUGCGAAAAUGCCGCCAACAAAACAAUUGAAUUUGAAUAUUGAAGUAGACGUUUUAACCGCAGGUUCAGCCGCUAACGUAGUAAACUCAAUCCUAGAGUUUCUGCUAUUCCAAAGAAACCAAAUCCCAUUUGUUUACAACACUUACAAAUACUAUGUCGGAUUAUGGACAGAUGAAGUAGAAGGUACUGACAAUGGCAACAUGGAAACUUGUAUGCAAUCUGGACAAUAUUCAAGCGGCCUUCACUCCUAUCAAUUAGAACGACAACGGGAACAGGCUCUUAAAACUAAAAAGGCAAUAAGUGCAAUGCGUGAGCUGAUUAGAAAGUCAUUUGACAAGAAUAAUGUACGUAGCUUAAGAUUUCUAUUUGGCCCAACAACGUUUACAGCAAAGGAAGCAUACACAAUUCACAUACCAAUCGAUUCAAUAUCGCGGUUGCAUUCCCAUCAUCAACACCGCAUUCCACAUGCUCGUCUAAAUCAAACAUUAAUUUCACUUUUAACUAGCGAAGAUCUGUAUGGCAUUUUCUCACAUAAUCUUUGCCCAACCAACUUGUAUCUUGAAAUGGAAUUAUUAUGUGAAGAAGGAAUUUUAAGGGACACUUGUUCAAAAACAGAGUUACUACCAAAAGACAUCUAUCAGUUGCCUCCAAGUUGUAAGGAUAUCCAUUUUCACUUGCAGCACACACCAUUCCCAAUACCGGAUGAAAACGUGACAUUGAAUUGUUGUAAGGAAAUUGAAGUGUUUGAAGGUGUGAUGUCUCUUAAUCUAAACGAUAUUGAAAAUAGAAAAAGCGAUUGUGGUCGCAAAAAACACAAUCAGGUCUUGCCAACUUGGUGGGAAGCAGAUGUUUUAGUGCAAGGAUUUAAAGAGAAACCAAUAAAAGGCUUGAACAUUUGGACGAAGUAAUUAUUAUAUUAAGACAGAUAUAAUUAAAUUUUUUAACGAUCGGUUUAGAUAAUUUUUUAUUUGUAGUUUAGAAAUAUACGGUCAUAAAUGUAGCACCAUUAUUUUAUAAACGAAAAAAAAUUUCCUCAAAAUAAAGAUUGUGCUUUCAAUGUUUAAA